AUGAGCGUGUACUCCAAACUCUUCAUGCAAUACUCCAUAAAUGAAGAGGAUUCAAUCAAACUUAAGAUCAACAAAGACACUCCACAGAGGACACUUAGUUCGCUCCUCUUCUCGCUCUUCAUCAGUGACAUAGAAGCGCACUUCAGAACUUUUGGACUUUCAGGUCUAGGUCUGAGAGGUUCCCUGGAGAUUCUGUUGAUGGCUUUUGCAGAUGACAUAGUCAUUCUCGCGGAAUCGGAGCGAGAUGUUCAACGCAAACUGGACGCCCUUGAAUCAUAUUGUUAUCUCAACAGUCUCCAGGUGAACGUGCCCAAAACAAAAGUGCUGGUGUUUCACAGGAGCCCGAAACUUAAGCGUAUUGGAUCCUUCCACUACGGCUCACAAAAAGUGGAGUUAGUGAAAGAGUACACAUAUUUGGGAAUCGUGUUCUGCAGCUCGGGGAAAUUUUACCAAGCUGCCAAAGACCGUAUCUCCAAAGCCUCCAAAGCAUCGGGGGCAACUCUAAAUAUUCUAUCGAAAGCAAAACCCAACUCCAUUUUCUCAACUAUCAAACUGCUGGACAACAUAAUAGAUACAGCUCUUCUAUAUGGAGAUGAAUGCUGGGCACAGGAGUACGUGCAAGAACUCGAGACGAUUCCUUCGAGUUUCCUGAAAAGGGCCCUAGGGCUCUCAAGAAACACCCCCCACUAUCUACUCGGACUAGAAACAGUUCGCACAUCCCUAGAGGUAGAAGUACUGAAGAGAAAUCUUGGCUGGUUGGGAAAGCUAGUAGCUAUGCCAAAUGACAGAAUUCCUAAAAAAAUGCCUCCUGAGGAUGUUAUCAGAUGUAGAGUCCCAAAUUUCUUCACCAACUCCCAACUGGAUCUCCAAGCUGAAAACUCAACUAGAUGA